AUGAUUUGUGUACAUAAUAGUAUUUGUACGGAUUCGAGAAGGUCUUUGGACGCGAAAGGAUACGAUCGAUUACGAUUCGUGGAAGGAGAUAUGACCGUCGCCGGAAAGAAAUACGUGGACUGUACCAUUUUGGAAGCCGAAAGCAUUAUCGACGCUGAAGACUCUUCUUACGACAGCGAUUACGAAGCUGAGGAUCCCAUCGGAUCCACCAACGUCCAUUCACAAGUGGAAUUACAGGUGACUACUUCAAAUCAUUCAGAUGUGUCCAGGACCACCUCAGAUACCUUGGCUGCAGAAUUUGCAGAAUAUGUUACUGUUCAAGGAAGUCCUCCUAAUCAGAGUCCAGGGUAUACAGCAAGGGUAGAGUUUGCCUUGAAACUUGGUUACACCGAACGUUUAGUUCAGACAGCAUUGCAAAAAUUGGGUCCAGAUCCAGAACAAAAUGAACUGUUGGCCGAAUUGAUCAAACUCGGUGCCAAUUGUUCUCAGAGAUCGAUCGACACACCAGAAGAAUCGGACACCGUUCUAGAAAAUGAUUUAGUUACUAAUGAAAGCAGUGGAUGCUCUAGCAGGCUAAGGCCUGUUGUAAUAGAUGGAAGCAACGUAGCUAUGAGUCAUGGAAACAAAGAAAUAUUUUCUUGUAAAGGGAUUAAAAUAUGCGUGAAUUGGUUUAAAGCGAGAGGACAUAAAGAGAUCACCGUAUUUGUGCCAAAGUGGAGGAAGGAAGCUUCCCGAAUCGAUAAUCCGAUAGCUGAUCAAGAGAUACUUGGUGAAUUGGAAAGAGAUCGUUUAUUGGUUUUCACACCGUCUAGAUUAAUCGGUGGUAAAAGAAUGGUUUGUUACGACGAUCGUUAUAUUUUGAGAUUAGCCGCAGAGAUUGAUGGUAUCGUUGUCAGCAACGACAAUUAUAGAGAUUUAGCACAGGAAAGUCCAGAGUUUCGAAAAGUAAUAGAGGAAAGGAUUUUGAUGUACACAUUCGUAAAUGACCGGUUUAUGCCACCAGAUGAUCCAUUAGGUAGAAGCGGACCUACUUUAGAAAAUUUUUUAAGAAUCUCUCCGAAAAAAUCUGAUCCAGCCCCUCCUUGUCCAUAUGCAAAGAAAUGCACUUACGGAAAUAAAUGUAAAUUCCGGCAUCCGGAAAGAGGUCCUCACCCUCAGAAAUCAGUUACAGAAAAAUUAGUAGAACACGUGCAAAAGCAUCUUCAGGCUAAAGAUCCAAGUCCAAGUCUUCUUUUACCAACUAAUCUAUCGUCGAACUUGUCUCAGCAUCAACCAUUAUGUAAAACCAGAUCAGCAGUGACUGCUAGUGUUCAACGAUUACCUUCGGUUAUUAAAAGUAAAUCUGUAGAAAAUGUUGCUAUCGAGCAACCAACAAAUUCUGGAGUACAAGGAACACAGACAAUCCCUGCCACAAGUUCUCAAGGUUAUCAUUCCUCCGGUCGGACAGCAGGAAUGAAUAAACCAGGAUUGAAUAAAUCAGAGGUGGAACCACCAAAUAUGCACAGAAAGCUUCAGAGACAAUUGACAUUGAAUCCAAUUUACGAUCCUCGACUUCGUCGAUCGAGUCAGUACCAACAAGCAUCAUCAGCGAACUCUCCGUCACCGCAAUCUACAGUUGCACCUUCCAGAGCACAACACAGACCAUUAACCAGACAUUCUAGUUACGAAUUGCCUUAUACAGUUGACAUGAACUGGGAUCAUUUCGAAGGAAGGCAAGGCCAUCAACACGUAACACGCAUUGCUUCAGCACCAGAAUCUUAUCAAGCUUGGUUACCAAAUAAUUCAAAUAUGCCUUCACCAUCACCGUCAAAUCAACAAUUAGCUGCCUCAGAUAGGCAACUAAAUGUCUCUGUACAUCCAUUAUACGCGGGUAUGCCUUCAGAUAUGAUAAGAGAGCUUCUUGAUAUCAGAUCCGAAAUACUUCAUCAUUUAGUAACUGUUUUCCCUGAAGAACACGUGUGGACUGCUAUGUUGAUGCAUCCAUUUGAAACAGACGCAAUAGAGAUUUGUGUUGCAAUUUUGAAGAUGUAUCCUCAAUAACAGAGGAAGAAUCAUUCUUUUUACAUUUAUUUAAUUUGUAUUUAUUGUACGAAAAUAACAAAAUGUAAUGAUGAGAUUAAAAUUUGAAAAGUAUUGUGAUAUCCACGAAAAGUUUUUAUGAAAUAAACAAGCAAGCUAUUUUACAAAACAUGAUGUUAUAUAAAAUCCUCGGAAAACGGGAGGAGGUUAAAUUAGAAGAAUCGAAGAGGUUUUCAGUAAAGUGGUUACAGUAUUAACGGCAGCCUUGACUUUGUGCUUUAGAGGAGCUUAUGAUUGAAGAUCACCCUGAAGUAAGUGAUUUAUUAACAGGUGAUUAUGAAAACUAUUCAUUUAAACCUGUAUGUUUUUAUGUAUGAGAAUGACACCACCAUCUAUUUGAUGGAAAAAGUGUGCAAUACUUAAUAACAAUCAUAGUUUAUAGUCAUUUAUUAUUAUAAAUGCAGGUGGAACACAUAAAUACAAUGACCUUAACAA